AUGUCGAAUCUUGCUUCUUUUGGGUCAAAGGACUUCUCUCCUGAGAUAAAAGUACAGGAGAUCCAAAGCUCAACGGAUCCACAACAGAAUCAACAUCAAGCUGCUAUUCAACAAGUAUCGGAAUUGUUUAAAUCUUCGAAUUUUCAAGAUCAAACUCAAGCUUUGAAGAUCCUUUUGGCAUUAAUUUCAAAAGGAGUCGACGUAUCAGCAUUUUCUCCAUACGUUGUUCAACAAAUAGCUUCGCCAGAUCCAAAUUCAAGGCAAUUAGCCUAUAUUUAUUUAAAUCAUUACGCAGAAGAAGCAAAUGAAACCAUUAUGUUAUCAAUCAAUACAUUUCAGAAAUCCCUAACAGAUUCUGAUCCUCUUUGUCGUGCUUUAGCUGUAAAAGUUUUAUCCUCGAUCAGAUCUCGCGAAAUACUGCCAGCAAUACAAGAUGCUGUCCGCACUGUAAUUGGUGACCCAUCUCCAUAUGUAAAAAAGGCUGCAGCUUAUGCAAUGAUCAAAGCUUCGAAUCUUGGGCAAGAUGACUCCGAAACAGAAUCGUAUUUACCUCUAAUCGAGAGAAUGCUUGGAGAUCCAUCUCCUAUUGCGUUUUCAGGAGCAAUUGCUGCUUAUUACGCCCUCUGUCCGGAUAAUAUCGAAUUUUUACAUCCUCACUAUCGCUAUAUUUGCCAAAAUAUAUCUAAGCUCGAUCCAUGGGCACAAAUAUAUACUCUUCGUGCCCUCGCAAUCUACGCUCGUUAUUGUUUCAAAGAUCCUUCAUCAAUCAACGAAGAAGAGACAGCAAACUUCUGGGAUGAGAACGCAAAUAACGAUUCGAUACCUACAGAUCAAUUUUUAUUGAUCAGCGCCGCAAAAAAGAUGCUUUCUUCGAUGAAUCCGGCUGUUUCGACCGCAGCUACUUCAUUACUGUACUACUGUGGUCCUUCUUCAUCCUUGUCGGUCGUAGCUCGCCCAAUGGUUCGUUUACUUUAUUCUAGCAGCAUUAUUUCUCAAUUAACUCUUACUUCGAUCUUAACAUUGGCAUCGUCGCAUCCACAGAUAUUUGUACCACACAUCAAUCACUUUUUCAUCAGAAGAUUCGAUACUACUCCUGUUAAAAAUAUUAAAUUACGGGUUCUCUCACUUUUGGCCUCUCAAACCAGCGCCGAACUUAUUCUCAAUGAACUCAGUCGCUACGCUUCGUCUACAGAUACGGAUUUCGCUGUAAAUGCUGUAAAAACUAUGGGAAAGACCGCUCUCUGCAACGAAUCGAUCAUUCCAGCAUGUUUAGUAUCAUUAAUCAAACUACUUGGCCGCUCAGAAGGCCCUGUUUUAUCAGAAGUCGUAGUUGUAAUUUCACAUCUACUUUUCAAGCGCAGAGGAACAGAAGAUGAGGCCAUGGCAUUACGCCAGUUGUGCAGGAAAUUUGAUAUCGUCAAAGAUCCGACAGCAAGAGCUGCUGUUUUGUCAAUUGUCGGAGAUCUCUACGAAACACAUAAAGCAUUCGCCCCGCAAUUGCUCAGAUACGUCGGCCAGAAUUUCUCCGAAGAGCCUGGUGAAGUCAGAUUGCAGGCAUUGACACUUGCAGCCAAAUUGGUCGCAUCCGGGGAAGACAGAACCAUUCCGAUAUACAUACUGAAGAUCGGCGAAAGGGAUCCAGAGUUCGAUGUGAGAGACCGAUCCAAGUUUUUAUUGGCAAUUCUCGAAAGCGAUUCAGAUGAUAUUAAAAAUAACCUCAAAGAACUACUAUUUCCGGCCAGAAAGACGCCAAACUGGACAUCAACGACAUCGUACAACAGUGAAUUCAUGAUAGGAACUUUGUCUCACUUCUUAAACAGAGCUCUUCCUGGAUACGAGUCAUUGCCUGACUGGGCACCAGAAGAAGAGAUCCCAGAUGACUCAGUCAGGACCCCUCUUGGUGCUCCGAAGAUAGGCGGAUCAGGAAAAUCGAAUGUUGCCACAAAAGAAGGACUGAAAGAGUUCUUUGAUGGAGAGCAGAACAAGGAUGAUGAUGAAUAUUACUCGGAUCAGUACUAUAGUGAUGAUCCAGCAACUAUUCAAUAA